GUUUCUCCAAAGUUAGUUCAAGAGUACUCCUACACUUAUGUGGUUCCAAUCAAAAUCAAGAGAGAAGUAUCUUACUAUGACACUGUGUACAUUAAUUUUAUGGUGAACUCCAGCUCUCCUAAUACAGUAAUUGGUGUUGAUGUUUUACCUGCUGUUGGCUCAGUAACCUUUCAGCCAGAGCAAAAGGAAGCAAAUAUUGAGCUCCAGAUACUUGCAGAUGAUAUCCCAGAAAACAACGAAAGCUUCUUUGUUUAUUUAACUUCUACAUCUUUUAACGAAGCCCGUAUUAUACCAUCAGUGCUUGAAAUUAUCAUCACUCCUAAUGAUGCACCUGUCCACUUUACUAAGACAGAGUAUAGAUUUGAAGAGGGACCAGGUACCAAAUCUGUUGUUGUCGAUGUCACUCGAGGUGUCCUCAAUGAUGGAACUACAAGGAUUGGUCCCAUUGAUGGAGACGUGUAUGUGGAUUACAACUUCAUCUCUGCUUCAACUGCAAUUAAUGAAGAUUUUGUGGCAACAAAUGGCACUCUCACUUUUUCCUCUCAGGAGAUUACAAAAGCAAUAUCUUUUGUAAUUAAUGAUGAUUCAGUUCCUGAGCAGGAGGAAUACUUCUCACUGAGGCUGUUAAAUCUCAGAGGAAAUGCAGUUUUGGUAGCUCCAAGUGUUGCCACUGUAAUCAUCAAUGCCAAUGACAACCCUAAUGGCAUUAUCAGUUUUAAAGCAGAUGUUUCUGGUGGAUCUCCUAGUCAACGAGUUAAUGAAGAUUCAUUUUCUUCUGUGAACUUCAUAGUUAGGAGAGCAGCAGGUACAUUUGGAACUGUCUCUGUUGCUUGGAUCAUCAGGAAGGAAUCAGGAGGAUCAGCAGCAAUAACAGAUGAUGUUGGACCGGCUGGAGGUAUCUUGGUCUUUGCCAGUGGUGCAAAUGAGGCAAUCAUAUCUUUGACAAUAGUCCAGGACAACACACCUGAGCCAGCUGAAAUGUUCAUAAUACAACUCCAGCCAGAAAGUGUCACUGGCAGUGCUUUAGUUGAUGGUUUUGUCAAUGCUCAGUUGCUGAUAGAGGACAGUGAUAAUGUGUAUGGUACUAUUGAAUUUGGAUCAGACAAUGAUCAGAAACUUAUUACU